AUGCCUUCAACGACCCCUAAUCCGGAUUCGAAAUGCCUUUUCUGCGCCAUAUUGGAGGGAAAGAUCCCAUGUUUCAAUGUGUACGAAACGGCGCACAGCCUUGCAUUUCUAGAUAUCCACCCAGUAUCUGAGGGACACACUUUAGUGGUUCCUAAGUACCACGCACGCACGCUCGGCGAUCUCCCGGACGAAUAUCUCAGCGACAUUGGCCCUGUGAUGAAGAAAGUCGCACAAGCGACCGGUGCAGAGAAUUAUAACAUACUUCAGAAUAAUGGGAAGCUCGCGUUCCAGCAUGUUGACCACGUUCAUUUCCACGUUGUUCCGAAGACGGAUACAAAGGACGGCUUGGUCCUGAAUAUUGACGAUAACUGGUCUCCCAGGGAGGCAGGGAAAGAGGCAUUGGCCGCGACGAUGGAGAAAUUAAAGAGCAAGAUAUAA